AUGGAAGCUGUGGCCUCGUUCUGCAUCUCGGAAGGGUUAAACACUGGGCCUGGAUGGGCGCGUCCAUUUGGUGCGGGUAAUUCAUCACAAUAUCGAAUUGUGGCUACCUUCACCAAAACCGCCCCGUUUGUGUUUGAUGAAGUGCUUUCUCUGCAUCACUAA